UGGACAAAGUAGCUUUGACGAAUUUCUUCACCAGUGCUCCGUACCAUAGGUCGUAGGGCGAUCUAGAGUAUCGUCGUGGACUCUUAUCGAGUUGCUUUGUCAGGUUAGCUCCGAUUGGGGGUUGUCGACCCAAGGUUAGUGUGAAGAGACACACACCCCGUUCAUCGCGACCAUCCGCCGCCAUCACAGCGAACUACCUGAUACGUUAUUUUUGCAGUUGCGUCGAUGAGGGCUAGAGGUUGUCACUUCUUGCUGAACCCGAACCCCACCAUUGGCAUUCGCACUCCCGUUCGCAUAAUUGCUAGUAGUACUCGCUUCCACUCCGCAACCACUGGCAAGAUCAAGAUGGCUCCCCCAAAGUCGGCUCUAGACUUCCUCGACUUUGUUAAUGCCUCGCCCACUCCAUACCAUGCCGUCCAGUCCUCCAUCACUCGUCUCGAGAAGGCCGGGUUCUCCAAGAUCAAGGAGCGCGAUAACUGGUCUUCCACCCUCCAGCCUGGCGGGAAGUACUACAUGACACGAAACGGUUCUACCAUCGUCGCAUUCGCCAUCGGUUCCAAAUGGAAGCCCGGAAACCCUAUCGCCAUGGUCGGCGCCCACACCGACUCGCCCUGCCUCCGUAUCAAGCCUGUCAGCAAGAAGAGCGGCGUCGGCUUCCUUCAAGUCGGUGUAGAGACAUAUGGAGGCGGUAUAUGGCACAGCUGGUUUGACCGAGACCUCAGCAUUGCCGGCAGAGUCCUGGUCAAGGACGGCAAGGGCAAUUUCCUACAAAAGCUUGUCAAAGUCGACCGACCUAUAAUCCGUAUUCCCACUCUCGCCAUCCACCUCGAUCGCUCCUCCGGCUUCGAUCCCAACAAGGAGACCGAACUGUUCCCUAUUGCGGGCAUGGUUGCCGCUGAGCUCAAUCGAACUGGCGUCAAGGAGGUCGAGGAAGACCAACUUAGCAAAAAUGACACCUUCCAACCACUCAAGGAGAUGACGGAUCGCCAUCACCCCUACAUCAUGGAAAUCAUUGCCGAGCACGCCGGUGUGGCCGUAGCUGAUGUGGUUGAUUUCGAACUCGUCCUCUAUGACGUUCAAAAAUCUGUUCUCGGUGGUUUGAACCAGGAGUUCAUAUACUCCGCUCGCCUCGACAACCUCAACAUGACCUACUGCAGCGUCAUGGGACUGAUCGAGUCCGUAUCCUCCUCCUCCCUGGACAACGAGAGUUCGAUCCGCUUGAUCGCCUGCUUUGAUCAUGAGGAAGUUGGCUCCACGUCCGCCCAGGGCGCAAAUUCGGAUCUUUUGCCUGCUGUCGUUCGCCGCCUGUCUGUGGUCGCCGGCGAUCGUCAUGGCGAUUCCGCCUCCAACAAGUCAUGGGAACACAUCAGUUCCGACCCUGAAGUCGACCUGACUACAGCCUAUGAGCAGACUGCAUCUGGCUCAUUCCUCGUCUCCGCCGACAUGGCACACUCGGUGCAUCCCAAUUAUGUAGUCAAAUAUGAGUCCAACCACCAGCCUGAGAUGAACAAGGGAACUGUUAUCAAAGUAAACGCCAACCAAAGAUACGCAACCAACUCUCCUGGCAUUGUACUCUUGCAGGAGGCAGCGAAGCGCGCUGGUGUCCCGCUACAAUUGUUUGUGGUCAGGAACGACUCGUCUUGUGGCUCGACCAUUGGGCCCAUGCUCUCGGCCAAGAUGGGAGUUCGCACGCUGGACCUUGGCAACCCACAACUUUCCAUGCACAGUAUCCGCGAGACUGGUGGUACGUAUGAUGUCGAGCAUGCCAUUAAGCUGUUCGAUUCUUUCUUGUCCCACUACUCAGAACUUGAGGCCAAAAUAUAUGUGGACUGAGCAACUGACCGGCUUGUGAUGAGUACCCAUGCCAACUGUCCGCUACUCGUCAUAUUCGGUAUAUGACGUUUGGUUCUUCUGGCAAUGGACCUUACCCGUACAAUGGUAUAAACGAGCGAGCAGCUGAAAUAAAAAUAGAAAACUGCAGCACAUGUUAUAUACUUAUUCUUGCUUGAGACACUCGAGAUGCUGGCGAUCAUGCAGGAGUGAACGAAAAGUCGUAAAAAUAGAAUAAUCCGAACAAGUGUCAUUGUGAAGAAAGUGCAAAACGUAAUAGUGCAAAUAAUUUGGACUGCCUCUCGCACCUCUCUCUCUAAGGCAAUGCACGAUUUCUUGGUAUCGUAUUUAUUAGCAUUCUAAUAGUCUGUCAGGCAUAAAACACUAUAGCCAGC